GUGUGUCUGUGCUCCUGGCAACUUGUGCACAGAUUUUCUCUGUGCGAUGGGACGAGAGGCUGUUGCCCACACAGUGCAGUCAAGAAAUGGCAGAUUGUGUGACUAAAGUUGAACUGAGCAUCUCUUGUCUAAAUCUACUGGAUAAAGAUGUUGGUUCCAAGAGUGAUCCGCUUUGCGCAGUCCUCAUGAAUACAACUGGAAAUUAUUGGGUUGAGAUUGGCCGCACAGAACGCGUCCAAAACUGCCUGGACCCCAAGUUUUCCAAGAAGAUCCUGGUAGAUUAUUACUUCGAGCAGAUUCAGAAACUGAAGUUUGCAGUUUAUGAUAUUGACAAUAAAACCAUUGACUUAAGCGAUGACGAUUUCCUGGGAGAAUUUCAAUGUACUCUGGGGCAGAUUGUCUCCAACAGGAAACUGACCAGACCCCUUUUGCUACGUAACGGGAGACCUGCAGGAAAAGGAACAAUCACGAUAUUUGCAGAAGAGGUGAAAGAUAACCGAGUGGUGAACUUUGAAGCACAAGCACGAAAUCUGGAUAAUAAGGAUUUCUUCGGAAAAUCAGAUCCUUAUUUGGAGUUCUACAGACUGAAUGAGGAUGGAAAGUGGCAGAUGGUGCACAGAACAGAGGUUAUAAAUAAUAAUUUGAAUCCCAGUUGGAGACCCUUUAGAAUUCCAUUGCGGUCUCUGUGCAGCGGUGAUUUGCAGAAGUCUGUCAAGGUGGAAUGCUACGACUAUGAUAAUGAUGGAUCACAUGAUCUGAUUGGUAUAUUUGAGACUAACAUGGAUAGGAUGAACGCAGCAUCCCAUAAUUCCCCAGCAGAGUUUGAGUGCAUUAAUCCAAAGAAGAAACAGAAAAAGAAAAGUUACAAAAACUCGGGGAUAGUGAGUUUCAAACUGUGCCAGAUUGUGAAGGAGUACUCGUUUCUGGACUACAUUAUGGGUGGAUGUCAGAUGAACUUUACUGUCGGGGUCGAUUUUACAGGCUCAAAUGGGGACCCUCGUUCACCAGAUUCCCUACAUCAUAUCAGUCCUAAUGGACUUAAUGAAUACUUGAUGGCAAUCUGGUCUGUUGGAAUGGUCGUUCAAGACUAUGAUUCAGAUAAAUUGUUCCCAGCAUUUGGAUUUGGUGCACAGAUACCCCCUUCCUGGCAGGUUUCUCAUGAAUUUCCACUUAACUUCAACCCAGCCAGCCCAUUCUGUUCAGGUGUGCAAGGGAUUGUGGAUGCCUACCGCAACUGUCUGCCUCAAGUCAAGCUAUAUGGGCCCACAAACUUCUCUCCCAUAAUAAACCAUGUGGCUGGAUUUGGAGCUGCAGCAGCACAGCAGCCAACAGCUUCGCAAUAUUACAUCCUGCUGAUCAUCACGGACGGAGUGAUAACUGAUUUAGACGAUACACGACGUGCCAUAGUCAACGCUUCCAAAUUGCCAAUGUCCAUCAUCAUCAUUGGUGUUGGUGGGGCUGAUUUCAGUGCCAUGGAGUUCCUGGAUGGUGAUGAUGGUGUUCUUCGAUCCCCCACCGGAGAAAUGGCCAUCCGAGAUAUCGUCCAGUUUGUGCCUUUCAGGAAGUUUCAAAAUGCACCUAAAGAAGCUCUUGCACAAAGUGUAUUGGCUGAAUUGCCUCAGCAAGUGGUGUCCUACUUCAACACACGUAAACUGCGUCCUCCUAAUGAGACCCCCAAUGAGACCUGUGAUUGAGAUCUGGUUACAAAGUCUAACUUCAGUGAAUUGUUACAUAAAUCUAUUCAGUGGAACGCAGAGACUUGCCAAAGCUGUCAGUGUCAGCCACUCUAUUGUUUUAUUAUGAUGUUCACAGUGUAUUUAGAUAUAGGUUCAUUAUAUAUGUUUUGAACACUUUUGAAUCUAUAUUUGUUAACCUAUCAAUUUUUUUAAAGUAAUGCAAUCUAUUAAAAGGAAUACAACAACAACAACGAGAUUACAUUUGUAUAGCGCCUUUCACGUUGGGAGGACGUCCCAAGGCGCUGGGAAUAAUGAAACUGGAUGAGAUAAAAACAAUUCUGUGUAAUUUUGUUGCUAUUUAGUUGCCAUUUAUGUAAAUUGAUUUUAUUUUGCUUCUAACAUCUUAUUUUAAAUGUUUUGAUUUAUGUCCAAAUCUUUAUAAUUUUAUACAAGAACAUAGUUUAUUUUUGGAAUUUUAAACUUGAGGCCAAAUAAUUCAAUCCUAGUAUUAAUUCAUAGAUUCAUAAAUAACACCACAAAUUACAUUGUAAAAGAAGUAGCCAAUAGUAAGCAGACAGUAAAUGAACUGAUAAAAUAAAUAGCGAGCUGCCUUUUAUUCUUGUUUUCUUUACAAUUGAAAUGGUCAUUAUAUUCAAUGUAUUACAAUAUUACAAUAAUGUAUUGUUCACUAUA